AUCGGGUACCCCUAAAAAAGUUUUCUAACUAAAUACUUCGGUUGGUCACAGUGAAUGAUAAUAAUGAUAACACAUGAUUGGUUGUUGGACUGCAGAGAUAACAUUCCACCAGAGAUGGCGCGAUUCCGAUUUUUUUAAGGAGUCGUGAGAAUCGCAUGAAUCCGAUUCCGGAAUCGGAUUCCAUUUUCGAUUCACCUGACAGAUGAAUCGAAAAAUGUGAAAUCUGACUCUUUUCAAGCAGGAAUCGCAAAUGUAAUAUGAUUCGCGAUUCCGGUAAUUUGAUUCUCGCGACUCCGAUAUUUCGAUUCUCGCGACUCCUCAUUACGAUUCUCACGACUCCUCAUUACGAUUCUCUAGACUCUCACAAUGAACGAAAUCACCCAAAUUCAAAUUGGGCUUUUCUACAAUCCGCGGGUUGCAUACUCUCUGCCUGUUCUUAUCACUCCUGGUAGGCAAAACAUUCCUCUGUGCUAUUAAAAAUACACGGAUUUCGAAGUUUUUAUGUAAAAAGUCCAACUUUUUCGAUUGUUCGCGGAUGCUGGUGAACUUGAAUGUGGUCUCAAAUUAAAGACAGUGAAAUUCCCUAUCGAUUGAUGUAUAAUUUUUAUCAUUUCGCGUAAAAAUAACGGUUUUAUGAAUACUUUUAUCCACCGUUUCUUCGUAAUGUCAACUUUGAACUAAAAAUACUCGAAAUUUCGAUCGAACACAUAGGUAUUUUACUAUAUCAAAAUGUUUGUAAUUUUAUUCUCUUUAAAAUGGGUGCUCGCCCAAAGCUCUACCUUUUACCGUUCAAAAGUUUUCGAAGUUUGAAGUUGCGGAAACAAGCUUCAAGCGGUAAGUACUGAACUUUGAACUAAAAAUACUCGAAAUUUUGAUCGAACACAUAGGUAUUUUAUUAUUGCAAAAUGUUCGUUAUUUUAUUCUCUUCAAAAUGGUUCUUCACCCAAAGCUCUAACUUUUACCGUUCAAAAGCUCUCGUAGUUUAAUGCUGCGGAAAGUGGUUAGUGAUCAACAGUUCAACACUAACGGCCAGUAAUGGUAAUGGCGGACGGAUUAACAUACUGAAUUAACCACUUUCCGCAACUUUAAACUACGAGAGCUUUUGAACGGUGAAAGCUAGAGCUUUGGGUGAAGAACCAUUUUGAAGAGAAUAAAAUAACGAACAUUUUGCAAUAAUAAAAUACCUAUGUGUUCGAUCAAAAUUUCGAGUAUUUUUAGUUCAAAGUUCAAUACUUACCGCUUGAAGCUUGUUUCCGCAACUUUAAACUUCGAAAACUUUUGAACGGUAAAAGGUAGAGCUUUGGGCGAGCACCCAUUUUAAAGAGAAUAAAAUUACAAACAUUUUGAUAUAGUAAAAUACCUAUGUGUUUGAUCGAAAUUUCGAGUAUUUUUAGUUCAAAGUUGACAUUAUGAAGAAACGGUGGAUAAAAGUAUUCAUAAAACCGUUAUUUUUACGCGAAAUGAUAAAAAUUAUACAUCAAUCGAUAGGGAAUUUCACUGUCUUUAAUUUGAGACCACAUUCAAGUUCACCAGCAUCCGCGAACAAUCGAAAAAGUUGGACUUUUUACAUAAAAACUUCGAAAUCCGUGUAUUUUUAAUAGCACAGAGGAAUGUUUUGCCUACCAGGAGUGAUAAGAACAGGCAGAGAGUAUGCAACCCGCGGAUUGUAGAAAAGCCCAAAUUUCUUUUAUCUAAUUUUUGCCGGUUGGCGCUGAAAAGUGGUUGUGAAAGUGAAUCUGAAUGAUGAAUUUAGAAUUUAUCAUUGUUUUACUAAUAACAUGGUGAGUUGAAAAUUUUACAUAAAUGUUUGUUAGAAUGUUCAUUUCAUCUUCAAUGCUUCAUUUUUAUGAAAUUUAAGGAGUUGUGAUGGGAAUCUGGCUGGAGUCGUGAGAGGAAUCUGGUUGGAGUCGUGAGAGGAUCCUAAGAUGAGUCGUGAGUGGAAUCUGAAUCAGAGUCGCGAAAGGAAUCGGAAUCGAAAAUUACGAUUCGGAUUCGGAUUCCUAUAUCUGGCGAAUCUGAUAAGUGGAAUCGGGACUCAAAAUUUUGUGGAAUCACACCAUUUGGAAUCCGAUUCUCAAGCUCCUGGAAUCGCGCCAACUCUGCAUUCCACCAAUCAUAUGCAUCUAUUUCACGUUGCCAACCUAUAUUUUUAAUGAAAAACUUUCUUAGGCCCGUCACACACUACUGCGAUGCGAUGCGAUGCGAUGUAAAGUGACGUCGCAUCGCAGCGCUAGUUAUACUGUGGUAUAUGGAAUGCAACACACUACUGCGAUGCGAUGCAUUGCGAUGCAUUUUUGAUGGUUAAAGUUUGCAACGCGUUGCAGGCGUUGUAGAUCGAUCACAAAAAUUAGAACGUUGCAUGCGAUGCUUUCUUGUGAUUGGUCGAUUUUAUCAGUUUGUUGUUUUUUUAUCAUGGUACCGGUUGAUUAGUGAUGAAAUUUUUUACUCUCUUGUGGUUUGAUAAUUAUUGAAUUCUUGUCGAUUUUUCAUCAUUUUAAUGAUUUGAAUAUUAAAUUUUCAACUUUUUACAAUGGCUUCGGAAGAAAUACAGACGGUGGAGGUUAUGCCAGUAGAGACUGAAGAAUUGUUGAUCGAGGAAGUCCGGUCAAGACCCAUGAUGUACAAUUUCCGAGAUCCCCAUUAUAAAAACAUUAAGAAGAAGAGUGAUGUAUGGGCUGAGAUAGCUAGGGCGACUGGAUUGGAAAAUGGAGAUACUGCCAAAGAUAAGUGGAGGAACCUUAAACAAGGAUAUAAAAAUGCCUUAAAAAGAGUAGCAAAAUAUGAGGCUAGCGGCUCAAGAGCCAAGAAAUUCAAACCAUGGAGGUUUAUCGAGCAGAUGGCCUUCUUGAAAGACCACAUCAUGGAUGAAGCGUCUACCUCCUCCAAUAUUCCAGCAAAUCCUACUAAUAAUAGUAACAACGUCAAUGAAACGGAAACAGUGGAGGAAGCAUUAUCUGACGAUGAAAAUGAAAUGGAAAGCACUCAAGGAACUAAUGAUAGUGAUCUUUCAAGAAAUGAUGAAAAAUUACGUGGUAAAAAAGUCCUGCAGGCUCUGGACAAAGAAGUUAUUACAUUUUUAAGAUCCAGGACUCCGAAGGAAACAAAAGGGACAGAUAAAAUUGACUCGUUGAAAAGUUGCUUUCAGGCAUAUUAUGCUUCUGUAAAAAGUAUGUCUCGGACCAAUCAAAUAAAAAUAAAGCGGAUUUUCAGCAAAGCCAUUUUAGAUAUUGAAGAGGAGGAGAGUUUAUUAGAAAAUGAUUUAUAAAAACGAAAAAGUAUUGGUUGUUGUUAUAUUUUGUAUUUCAUUUCAAGCUUUCUGCUUUUAUUUCCUCAUAAUAUUCGCUUAUCAUAUAUUUUUAUCCUUCUUAUAUUUCUACUCGCAUCACCUUAUCUCAAUUUUUGUUUAGUUAUUCAUUUUUAUAACAUUUUAAUUGUUAUGUUGACUUUUAUCAUGUUAUUCAUUACUUUGUUCAUCUUUAUUUCGUUUUUUCGUUGACUUCUAUCAUGUUAUUCAUUUUUAGUUUAUCUUUAUUUUAACUUUUACUGUCCUGUAUCCUGUAAUUUUAAUUUUCAGUCUUGUUACUCAUUGUGUCUGUCAUAUAUAUAAGUACCUAUUUCAAUUUUUACCUCAACUUUUAUUGUAAUUUUUUGGUAUCUAUAGCUCAACUUACCUAAUUCCAAUUUUUACCUCGACUUUUAUGUCUUUUAUUGUAAUUUUUUGGUAUCUAUAGCUCAACUUACCUAAUUCCAAUUUUUACCUCGACUUUUAUGUCUUUUAUUGU